GGCUCUCAGCUGAUCGGGGGCGGGGACGCCAGGCGCCGGCUGCGUGCCCAGCAGACAGCCGGUGACCGUCGUGCGGUGAGGGCGUGUGUGGGAGCUCCGGGGUGGCGCACACGGCCUGUGACCGGCGUGGCAUGUGAGAGCGGUCCGUGACGCGGCCAGCAGCACCUCAUCGUGUAGAGAGAGACAGAUCCGCCAGCAUGUCGACCGGUAAACGUAUCGCCAAGCGCUCGAUUCUCGGCACGCGCGUGGCCGCCUGCCGUGUGGAUGGACUUUACCACACGGGUGUGAUCUGCGGCACAAAGGUGGUCGACGGCUUCUCGUCACCCCGCUACUCGGUGCGUUUUGACGGCACGCGCUACGUGGCCGAGUUCGGGCCGGACGAUCUGGUGGGGCCGGGCUUUUUGUCCGUGUGCGAUAUUGAGCUGCUGCCCGAACAGAAGGUCCACGUGACGCACAAUGGACGGGAGACGGACGGCGUGGUCAUCAGCCACAGACCGGACCUGGACGAGGUCUGGGUCGAAAUCAAACAGGGAUUCGGAAAGUUUGAGGUGAAGAAGCGCCUGGACGAGGUCCGUCUCUGGGAAAGCCGCAAGUCGCCGCGACUGAUCGACUCCGACACAGACUUCGCCCGGCUCGCCGACGUCGGCGUCGAGAAACGACGAUCCCCGGGCGUCGAUAUCCCGUCGGCUUCGACAAGUUCGCGCAAACGCCGCUCGUCGCCGGACGGGGCCGAGUCAGGUCAAGGUCACGGUCAAGGUCGCAAGAAGGGCGAGAUGACCGAGUGCACUGCCGCCAUGGUUCUGAUGUCACUCUCCGCCAGCCCCAAGAGCCCAAAGUUCUCCUACGACAGCGGAGGACCCAGCUGGAGCGACCAGAUGUCCAUAGGCUCCAGCGGCUCGGAGACACCCUCGCCGCCCCUCAGCGAGGUCACUGGACCUGUGGGCAGUGUGGAUGAAGGCAUCGACAUGGAUGACGAGGGUGACGACAGGAAACGACAGGUUUCCACCCAGACUGUGUACAAAUGCACCUGGCCCGGCUGCAGCAUAAUCACAUCCACCUGCUCUGCCAUCGAGAAACAUGUGCGCAACGUCCACCUUGGGCCGCCGCGCCAGCAGGACUCGGACCUCAGCGACCACGAGGAGGAGUUCUACUACACCGAGUGCGACGUUGCUCUGGAGACGAUGGAGAGUAUCAGCGACGGCCUGGCCGGCCUGUACGCCAGCUCGCCGCCCACGCUGUCACACAUGGACAUGGCGCGUCCACCGCACGAGGACCCGCAGUACCAGAGGGAGUUGGCGAUGAGGGCUGCGGGAGGAGACCCCGCAGCGGCAGCGGCGGCGGCGGCAGCGCCCAUCCCGAUCCCCGGACCCAGACAGUCGUGGACGACGUCGCUGUGGAGCACGACUGGCUCCAGCAAGUACAUCCGACUGGGCACCAAGGUGAUGACCACCAGCCCCAAGACGUCGCCCCACCACCGGCGCAUCCGCGGAGACGUCAAAAAGUGCCGUAAGGUGUACGGAAUGGAACACCGCGAGCAGUGGUGCACUCAGUGCAAAUGGAAGAAGGCCUGCACACGGUUUGCAAUGGACUGAGGGCGCGCUGCACCGGCGACCGUGGCGCCGCCAAGCGGAGACAUGCUGAACCACACUGCCUGCCUCCUGCCGCCGCCAAACGAUCUUUCCCAUCGGGCUGUUGGUCCGUGAGCAGCGCUUUCCAGUGAGCGACACUGGGACUGAAGCUUGGCGCCUCGCUCGUCAGAGUGGACGUCCGAGCGUCACAGCGAAGUGGACCUACCCCCGACCCCGGCUGCCAAAUGCCGACAACGGCGUAUCUCACAGACUCUCCAGUCACACUCGCGCAGUUUUGAAGCUUUAUAUGUUGUCUGGUGUGCCGAGUACAAAUAACUGGAACCGUAGAUGGCUAUAUUGGCGCGCUCGCGCCCCGCCCGCCGCGUCGCCCCACCCCACCCGCCACCUCCUCGCUCCCAGCUAGUUAGCCGUAGUCUCAUCCACAUCCCCAGUGUCGUGAGCGCCAGAGGUCGUCGUUUUUGCGACGCGCCCGUGCGUCGCGCACGUGCCGAGUUCUUUGAUGUCUUUCAGUCGUGCAGUGCGCCUGCUAGAGGUCCCGUCGAUCCGGUGUGCCUAGGUUAGCCGUGUCUAUGGGACGCGCAGUGCCAUCAUCGCCCGAGUCUCAACGUCGAGUCACCGGAGACCGAGUCAACCACCGUGUCAGCUGAGUCAGCGGAGUCAGCCGCGGCAGAGUCGCGGACUGAGGGCAGAGGGCAGGGCCCGGCCGCCCGCCGAGAGGACGCUCUUCAGAGGUCCAGCAGUGUCCAGUGUUUGAUCUUCAGUGGCUGGUCUCGUGUAGUGGUCAGUGAGACGGCGCCGGUCGCGGUCAAGGUCAAGGUCAUUCGGACGAGGUCAAGGUCACGGUGCCGAUGACUGUCCAAGGGACGAUAGUACAAACUCCGACUGUAAAUACCAUAUAUAUGCAGACGCGCGUGUGCCGGGCAUCGCUUGGAGGAGAAAAUCGGGUGUGCCGGCAGCCGGCUGCUGCCACAUGCAAAGGCAGUGCCGCACUUGGACUUGAGCAGCUUGCUGCUGCGAAGAUUUAUCGAUGACUUUUGUUGACGGCUUUGAGAGUUUAUUUCGAAUCUGAUUACUAUUUGCCGAUGUCUGGUAUUUGAACUUAUUUGUGUGAUUUUAGAGACUGACAGUAGCAUUUUUGAGUGGUGGAUGAUAUGUGUGGUGGAGUGUUUUGAGCGCUGGCGAAGUGUGUACUUGCGGUCGUGAUGGGUGGUAGUUUACAGCACGUGCUGGCAAAUUGCAGAAUCAAACUCGUCCUAUAUCUUCCGAGCGAUUUUAUCAUCAUCAAAUGAGCUCAUAUGAGAAUAUGUUCAUUUACCUAUCUCCAACUUGUCCAGUCAUAGCAAGUGUCGCAUCACUGCCAGUACUGUGAUUCGACUCACAGUGAAAGCUCGCUCGUGAUUGGUCCCUGGUUUGACCCCGUGUGGGUCACUCAGUCCGUUUGCCAGCGUGUCGCUGCCUGUAUGGAGUGUGAUGAGUGCACCAAGUACAAACUCCACAUAUUGUGCCAGAACAGGCGUCCCGAUGAAGUCUCUUCAUUUGAGGGGUCUUGACUCGCUUGUUGCGCGAGGACAGCAUCAGAUUAGCUGGUGAUGUCGAUAAGGACGAUCUCCGCACUGAGCUGCGUGCAAAUGUGGCCUUUGUUCAUUUGAACUUGGAACUCUCAUGUUGCAGGUUUAUGUAUGGAAGUAUGGCUUGACGAAAUGUUCACAAUGCUGGCUUUAGUAUUACGGGAACUGAAUGUGUGCGUAUAGCGACCAUGGAUGGCGAGAGAGAACGGUUGGAACUUGGAACAAGUGAGCUGUGCUUUAACGGUGAUGCCGGUCGAGACUUCGAAGCGAGCAUGAUGGCUGGUCAUGUGCUCCAGACCUCCGCAGUGGAUUUAGGAGAGCGUGAGCCUGCGCUGAGUCUACAUGAGUCGCCUGAGAUGAGAGGCAAUCGAGGUGAACCGCGCCGGUCAUGAGCUGAGCGAGUUUUAGUUGAGGAGGGAGGAGAGGAAAGAGAGAGGAAGAGAUAUCGGAUUUGCAGUGGUUGAAACCGCUCCGAGUUUCACCCAAGCAUAUGUAUAUACAGGUGUAAAUUAUAUUUUUAAAAUAAAUUUUAUGUGUCCGGUA